GGGGGCAGACAGACGGACGUGGACAGGGGCCGACGGACAGAGGGACCGGUGUCUCCCGGCCCCGCCGGUGCGGGGCAGCAGAGCCCGUCCCGCCCCUCCGUGGGUCCGUCCGCGGGUCGGUGGGUCCGUCCGCGGGUCGGUGGGCCCGUCCGUGGGUCGGUGGGCCCGCCCGCCGGCCCCGCCCCGCCCCGCCCCACCCCGCCCCGCCCCGCCCCGCCCCGGCGGCUCUGCGGCUCCGAGCGGCGGCGGCGGCCUGUGCCGGCGGGACCGGGGCUGCACCGGCACCGCCACCCGCACCGGGGCCGCCCCGCCGCCAUCCCGGGGCCGCCCCCCCGCGCCGCACGCGCCCCGCCGCCAUCAGCCCGGGCCGGCGUCCCGGUGCCCGCCCCCGGCAUCCCGGUGCCCCCCCCCCCGGCAUCCCGGUACCCCCCCCCCGGCAUCCCAGUACCCGCCCCCGGCAUCCCGGUGCCUCCAUCCCGGCAUCCCGGUAUCCCCACCCCAGCAUCCCGGCGCUCCCCCACCCCGGUACCGGCAUCCCCCCACCCCAUCGCCCCUCCCCAACCCCGCUACAACCGGUCCCGGUCCCCCCCCACCCCCGUUCCCUGUGCUCCCUCCCACCGCCCAUGGCCCCCCGGCGGGGCGAGGCCUGACCGGGCCCGGUGCCCCCCCCCCGCCCCGGGCCGGUGCCGGGCUCGGAGCCGUGAUGGGAGCGUCCGUGGGCUGAGCCCCCCCCAGGCCCCGCGGCAACGCCCGGACGGGACCGACAUGGAGCCCUGAGAGGAGGCGCCGCCGGGGCCGGCGGAGGAUGGCGAAGCUGCUGGUGCCCCUGGUGAUGCUGGGGGCGGUGGCGGGGUCCCACCGCUGCCCCCCCCGCUGCCUCUGCCCGGCGGCCGCCCCCAACCCCACCCUGCUCUGCGCCCGCACCGGCCUCCUGGCCGUGCCCCCCACCCUGGACCGCGCCGCCGUGGAGCUGCGUCUGGCCGACAACUUCAUCGGCGCCGUGGGACGCGCCGACUUCGCCAACAUGAGCAGCCUCGUCCACCUCACGCUCUCCCGCAACGGGCUGCGCCGGCUGGCGCCCGGCGCCUUCGCCGACCUCCGCGCCCUCCGCGCCCUCCACCUGGACGGCAACCGGCUGCCGGCGCUGAGCGGGGCGCAGCUGCGGGGCCUGGCCAGCCUCCGCCACCUCAUCUUGGCCAACAACCAGCUGGCCGCCAUCGAGCCCGCCGCCUUCGCCGCCUUCGCCGCCACGGUGGAGGACCUCGAUCUCUCCCACAACAACUUGCCGGCCUUGCCGUGGGAGGCGGUGGCCGGCAUGGCCAGUUUGGCCACCCUCACCUUGGAUCACAACCUCCUGGAGCGGGUCCCCGCCGGGGCGGUGGCGCGGUUACCCCGCUUGGCGCGGCUGGACCUCACCGCCAACCGCUUACGGGCGCUGCCGCCGGUGCCGGGACCGCCGGGCCCCAGUUUGGCGGCGGGAGGGAACCCUUUGCAUUGCAACUGCGAGCUGCUCUGGCUGCGCCGCUUGGCGCGGCCGGGCCGGUUGGAGAGCUGCGCCUCGCCGCCGCCGCUCGCCGGCCGCCUGCUCUGGGCCGUGCCGGAGGAGGAGCUGGCGUGCCGGGCGCCGGCCAUCGCCGGGGCGGCCGCCGACCCCGCCGCCGUGUUGGAAGGCCAACCCUUACGGUUGGGUUGCGCCGCCGCCGGCGACCCGCCGCCGGCGCUGCAUUGGUUGGGCCCCGACGGGCGGUUGGUGCAGAACGGGUCGCGCCGCGCCGUCCGCCCCGACGGCUCCCUGGAGCUGCGGGUGGCCACGCUCCGCGACCACGGCGCCUUCACCUGCGUCGCCUCCAACGCCGCCGGCGAGGCGGCCGCCCGGGUGCAGGUGGCCGUCCUGCCGCUGCCCGUCCCCCGCAGCGACGGGGACGGCGACGCCGAAGCCGGGCCCGGCCCUUCCGACAUGGCCCGCGCCGGUGGCAACGAGUCGCGGGCGGCGGGCGAGCGGCGCAUCGUGGCGGCCGAGCUGACGGCCUCCUCGGCGCGCAUCCGCUGGCUGCCCCAGCGCCACGUCCCCGGCAUCCGCAUGUUCCAGAUCCAGUACAACAGCUCCCUCGACGACUCCCUCGUCUACAGGCUGCUGCCGCCCUCCAGCCGGAGCUUCGUGCUGCGGGACCUGGCGGCGGGGCGCGAGUACGACCUCUGCGUCUCGGCGCUCUACGCCGAGGGGGCGACGGCGCUGCCCACCGCCCGCGCCCUCGGCUGCGUCCGCUUCGCCACGGCCGGGGGGGCCCCCGGCUGCGCCGCCCUCCCCCGACCCCAUUUUUUGGGGGGCACCGUCAUCAUCGUCAUCGGUGCCGCCAUCGCCACCUCCGUCCUCGUCUUCAUCCUCAUCCUCACCGCCCGCUACAAGGCGGCGGCCGCCCGCCGUCCCCCCGCCGCCGUCGCCAGCGUCUGCUCUCAGACCAACGGCACCCACAGACCCCCGGAGCCGGAGCCGCCGCCGCCGCCGCCGCCCCCGGCCCUCCCGCCCCCGGCACCCAUGGGUGCUGCCGGAGGGGGGGCGCGGGGGCUCUUCCCCAGCCACAGCUACCCGCGGCGCGCACGGACUCGGCGCCAUGGCUCGCUGCCGCGCCUCGACCUGCCCGACGCGGCCCCCACCCUGCGCCCCUCCUUCGGCAGCACCCACUGGAUGCUCGAGAGCACCGUCUAGGGGGGGCGGGGGGCGGCAGCACCCGUGGGUGCUCGGAGGCAGCCCCAGCGGGUCCCCGGCAUCCCUGCGCACCCCCGGGUGCCUGAACGCACCCUUGGGUGCUCCUGGGUUCCUGAACGCAGCCUCGGGUGCUCCUGUGCACCGCUGGGUGCCUGGUGCACCCACGGGUGCCCGUACGCAGCCAUGGCUGGUGGGAUGCAGCCCCGGCACCCCUGGGUGGCUGCGAGCCCCCUCCCCCCCCGGGUGCUUGUGGGUGCCGUUGGGUGCCCGCACGCACCCCCGGGUGCCCCUCGAGGUCCCCGUGUGCACCCACGUGCCUCCCCGGGCACCCGCGUGCCCCCCCCCCCCCCGCCCCCCCAUCGGUAUCCAUGUGCCCCCCACCGGGGCACCCGUAUGCAACCCGGUAUCUACCUGCCCCCCGUGGCACCCGCGUGGGCACCCCUGGGACGUGCGUGGGCGCCCCCGGGUUCUGCGUGGGGCACCCCGACGCGCGUGGGGCACCCCGACGGGGGAUGCGCACCCUGGGACUUGUGCGUGCCCUGACAGGCGUGUGCCCCGACACGCGUGGGCGCCCCGACACGCGUGGGUGCCCCCGGCCUGCCCCCCGCCGCGGUGCCUUCGGCCGGGCCGGCGGCGGGGGGGCCCCGCACACGCCACUGACAUGUCUGCACAGAUGACACGAGAACCGCAGCCCCCCCCCCCCCCCCCCCCAAACCCUCCCGGGGGGGGCCCGGAUGCCUGGGUCCCCCCGACCCCUCCCCCCGUCCCCCCCCCGUCCCCCCGCCUCGGCCCGGGGCCUCCUAUCUGGCUGGUCUGGAUAACCCCGCGGGGGUCGGCCCCCCCGGCCCCCCCACUUGCCCCUUGCCCCCCCAUCACCCCCCCCAGCCCCGUUUGCCCCUUUAACCCCCCCCUCGCCCCAUCAACCCCUUAUUUGCCCCUUAACUCCCCCAGUUCUCCCCCCAGCCCUACCUGCCCCCCACCAGCCGCCCCCCCGGGCCCCCCCCCGGCCCGCUGCAGUGUUUAACACAAGUUUUUACAUUAAAAACCUGUGCCCCCCCCGCCCGGGGCGAUUAAACCUUUUGUG